GCGGCUCCGGCUUUGUGUGUGUGUGUGUGAGUGUGUGAGAGAGUGUGUGUGUGUGUGUGUGAGUGAGUGAGCGGGCGGGCGGGCGCGAGUGUGGCCGCCGCGGAGCGCGAGGAGGACCCGGCGGGCGCGCUCCCCCAGCCUCUCUCUCCCCGCCAGAACCAUGUCGGGCAGGUCGGUUCGAGCCGAGACCAGGAGCCGCGCCAAAGAUGAUAUCAAGAGGGUCAUGGCGGCUAUCGAGAAAGUGCGCAAAUGGGAGAAGAAGUGGGUGACUGUGGGUGACACAUCCCUGCGAAUCUACAAGUGGGUCCCUGUGACAGAGCCAAAGGUGGACGAUAAGAACAAGAACAAGAAAAAGGGUAAAGAUGAGAAGUGUGGCUCUGAGGUGACCACGCCGGAGAACAGCUCCUCCCCGGGGAUGAUGGACAUGCACGAUGAUAACAGCAACCAGAGCUCCAUAGCGGAUGCCUCCCCGAUCAAACAGGAGAACAGCAGUAACUCAAGCCCUGCUCCGGAGCCCAACUCAGCAGUGCCCGGCGAAGGCACUGACGCCAAGGUGGACGAGGCCCAGACCGACGGGAAGGAGCUCCCUGGGGUGGAAGAUGCUUCUGACGAGCAGAAUUCGCAGUCUUCAAUGGAAAACUCGAUGAACAGUUCAGAGAAAGGUGAACGGCAGCCAUCUGGAGACGCGGGUCUAGCUGCAGAGAUAUCCGCAAUCUCUCAGCUACCAGAAUGGGAUCACAGAAGUGUCUUGGGGCCAGGGCGCAGAUGGGAUGAGAGAAUGUGGCGAACACACUCGGUGUGGAGCUGGACACGGGAAUGCCUCAGAUGCCGUCACUGUGAUUUUUCACUGUCAACCCUCUGUGCCCACCUAAGCUGAGUGGGGACUCCGAGGAUUUGGAAGGAGUGCCGCCCUCGAAGAAGAUGAAACUGGAGGCCUCGCAACAGAACUCUGAAGAGAUGUAGACAGUACGUUCAGUCCUGCUGUCCAUGUUUCAGGGGAGAUCCAUCUGCAGGCUGAAUCCUAGAACAACUUCACCUGAGCAGUUCCUCUCGGGUGCAGACAGGACUACUAACUUUCCAAGUUUACCAAGUGCAAAUCCAAGAAAACCCAGAACAGCGUAACUUCUCAGACACUGAAGAACUUUCUGCUGUGAAGCAAAACACUCAAGUGUUGAAGGGACUGUCCUUGGGAAGGCGGGGUCGACAGCUCAGGAGUGUCUGCACACUGUCUCUGAAGCCAAGAUUACAUUUGUGUUGCUGCUGUAUUGUUUUGUGUCCCCCCCCCCCCCCCACUUCUCUAUUUAACGAUAUAAGCUAUUCGAGGGUGGUACCGAUCAGGGAAUCGGUUUUCGUCGGGGCUUUUCACUGUUCGCCCGAUUCCUUCCGCUUUCUUUUUUUGUGCCUUGUGCCCUUGAGGUGACCUCUGGCAUGUUUUCCUGGUUGUUUUGCAUCUCCCUUUGCAAAGUGCCCUCGGUUUUGUCCAGGCAGCUGGUGCCCCGUCCUCACACCUCUCUCCUCCCUAACCCGGGACUUCAGCUGGAGCGGAACAGGCAGGGAGGAGGGGGACCCGAGGCCUCUCAAGAGCAGGACCUCCUUGGCCGCCUGAUCUGCAGCUGCAGGGGCGUCGGGCAAGCCCUGGGCCCUGGGUCCAAGGUCCGAGGAGCCUCGGAUGUCGGGGCACUGCCGCCGAGGGCUGGCCUCCGGAUGUGCUCUCUCACUUCCUCGGGGCAUCUGGGGCUGGUAUUUCCAAGGCCACCGUGGUGGCCCAGACGGACGCACAGAACCCUUCGAUUGCUCUGGCACUUGCAGCCUGCCCCCACCACACGGCUUUCUCCCACACCUCCGAGGACGAAGCGGCUUCUGUGGCUGACUGCAGGAUUGUCUCCUUAGGACGACAAAAGGGCUGAGGAGGCUAGGAGCAGAUGGCAGGAAGAGCUGGUGCUGAACUUGCUGUCAUGCGAUGUUGCCUGGAUUUCAAAUCCGCAGUAACCUGCUACCCUCUGCCUCCCCCCCAACUCGGCAACCUCCCUCCCACCCCCCUGCUGCCCGGGGAGAGGCAAGAUUGCAAAGUGUUCUGAUGCUCAGAGCCAACAGUCCGAUGGCCUCUCGCUCCCAGGAUGCACUCACGGUCCCCAUGGGGGAGCAGACCCGAGGAUUGGGCCUCAAAGGCCAGAAGCAAGGCACCAAGGAGUGGGACGCCCUACACUCCUCCAGGAAGGGGUGAUCGAGUCCUCUCUCCUCGCCUCCAUCCUCUGCCUGUGUGCUGGGACACCUUCCUCUCACUAAAAUGGAGAUACCCCCUUGGACGAACUGCCUGAUUGGUUCUGAGGCCUGGUUUGCUCUUAAUUCCUAGAUGGACUCCUCGGACCUUAACCCUUUUCCUGAGCUUUCUUUACUGCACUGGAGUUCCAACUCCCUUUGAGUUGAGUGAGGGUGGGCGGGUUGGGGGGAGGGGGUUGUUUUGUUUUGUGGUUUUUUUGUUUUGUUUUGUUUUCGUUUUUGUUUUGCUGAUUGGUGCAUAUUCAGGUACCACCUUUGAUACCUUUGACGUGUGGAUCUCUCUCCUGACCACCAUGGAAAGUGUCUGCCAGUUUCUAAGUUUCUGAGGGCGAGGCUCUUACUUGUUUUUAAGGGAGCCAAUCUAUUUCCUGCACUUCAAGAAGAAUCAAAAUGUUCCUGAAUUUCAAAUACCUCAUGCAAAAAUGUCUCCUGAAAUAAGGGAAAAAAACAAAAAACAAACUUUGAAAAUCUUAAUGUUGAAGUUCGCAAUGCCGAAAGGUUUCUGUCUUAAAAAAAAAAAGUCCUUAUCAAUUUUGCCCCUCAGGCAGUCAGCUCUGUGCAGAACUGUGUUCUGCGUUACCUCUCAGCGUAUCUCAAGGCGGCUUUACCUCCAGAUCCUCUAGAGCUAGAGUAACUUUUUUUCUUUGCAGCGAAACUCCAUUUUGAUGAAAGAUGAAUUUGGAUAUUUAUUUCCUUUCUUUUUGGGAAAUGAGAGGUUAGAACCAAGACAGCUGAAGGAGAAUCACACGCAUCCACAGAAACGGCACGUCGGCCGGGGGUUCCCCACCCCCCGCCACCCUGGGGGCCCCUUCCGGUUGCGGUGGCCUCUCUGGACAGGCAAGGGGAGUCAACGCGGUUGAGGAUGAAGACUACAUCUGCGACACUGAGGCUGUCAUUUGUUUUUCUCUGAAGUGCCUGAAGGUAGGAAGGGGCCUGUGGCCGGGACCGACUGGGCCCCCCCCAGCUGCUGAGGCCACGCCAGACAAAGCACCAGCGGCCCUGUACUCAUCGCUGGCCGGGAAGGCCUUCCACGCGGGACAGUGAGACUGCAAAAAUCCAGAUGUGCUUCCUUCCCCGACGCAGUCCGCUCCUCGGAGCCACUGUCCCCCACCCACCCUGUGCCCCUCGCCCCCCUCCCACCACAGAAUCUAAGACCUUUCAGCGGCCGAGCCAGGGGCAGGGCGGGGGGGGGGGGGGGGACGCUCAGCAAAUGCCUUCCGUGGCCACCACAUGGCCUAAAGGGCUCCCAGGGCAACCUUGCUCCCCGCCACACGUGAAGGGGGAGCUUCGGCUACACAUUCCACAAAGUGCUGGCACUUACACCCGGAACCCGGAAGGCGGUGGACCCGUUUAUAGGGUGGUGACCUCCCAUUACCAACAAUGUCAUGGUUUGGAAUGUUCAUUAUCGCCAAGGACCCGGUUAGAGGUAUAAAGACCUUUUUUUCACCGUUACCUAAUUUUUUUUUUCCUCUGACGUUUGGGUUUUUGUUUAGUUUUUUGUUGUUUUUUUUUUUUUUGGUGUGUUGUACAGCAGUAUAAUUUUUCACUUAUUUAUUCCAUCAAGUAGAUAUGGUUUGUACAAUGUACAAUGGUUCCAUUUCAGAAAAUAAAAAAAAUUCAAAUCAUGAA